GGGCGUGGUCACUGGCGGAGUUCCAAGUCCGGGCAGAGGAGGGGUCGGCGGCCACGGGCGGGCACGUUUCGACGGGGCGUUGCUGCUGUUCCCCGUGCGGCAUGAAGGGGACGGCCGUGACCGUGUUCGAGAUUUUGAGAUUUUUAAUAAUUCACUGGAAGUGUGACAUAGAAGUAUCAAAGGGAGUACUGCUAGAAGGGCAGCUAGUGAUUUCCAUAGAAGGAUUAAAUUCCAAGCACCAGGCGAAUGCUCUUCAUUGCGUAACAACUAUUGCUUCUGCAGGAAGCCUUUUUGGUGGCACGGUCCUCAAGAAAUUCCUAAAAGAAAUACAGUCCAUACUGCCUGGAAUCUCUGCAAAGCUGACUUGGACUUCAGAGGAAAGCAGCUAUUCUCAGGACAUGACAGGAGUAACACCCUUCCAGAUGAUUUUUGAGGUGGAUGAAAAGCCCAGAACUUUGAUGACAGAUUGUCUGGUUAUAAAGCAUAUUUUACGUAAAAUCAUCAUGGUGCACCCUAAGAUCAGAUUUAAUUUCACUGUAAAGGUAAAUGGAAUCCUCUCCACAGAGUUCUUUGGGGUAGAGAAUGAACCCACUUUGAACCUUUGGAAUGGAAUUGCUCUUGUGGUAGACUCUCAGCAUUAUGCGAGUAGACCAAAAUUUGAUACAAUUGAAUCAUACUGCAGCAGAAUUCACCCUGUGCUAGGACAUCCAGUAAUGCUUUUCAUCCCUGAUGACGUGGCUGGCAUGGACUUGUUGGGAGAACUGAUACUGACUCCAGCAGUUGCAUUGUGCCCCGGCCCAAAGGUUUUUUCCAAUCAGCUUAACAGCAUUUCUUCAGUUUCCAUAUUUCUAUAUGGACCUUUGGGUCUGCCUCUGAUAUUGUCAACUUGGGAGCAGCCAAUGACUACUUUCUUCAAAGAUACCUCUUCUUUAAUUGACUGGAAAAAAUACCAUUUGUGUAUGGUACCCAAUUUGGAUCUCAAUUUGGAUAGAGAUUUGUUGCUUCCAGAUGUGAGUUAUCAGGUGGAAUCCAGAGAGGGGGAUCAAUCUCAGAAUAUGGACCUUCAAGGACAAACUCUGCUGCUUUUUCUCUUUGUGGAUUUCCACAGUGCAUUUCCAGUUCAGCAAAUGGAAAUCUGGGGAGUCUAUGCUUUGCUCACAACUCAUCUCAAUGCCAUCCUUGUGGAGAGCCACAGUGUAGUUCAAGAUUCUAUCCAGUUUAUUGUGGACCAGGUCUUGGAGCAACAUCACCAGGCUGCCAAGGCUCAGCAGAAACUACAGGCCUCACACUCAGUGGCUGUGAACUCCAUCAUGAGUAUUCUGACUGGAAGCACUAGGAGCAGCUUCCGAAAGAUGUGUCUCCAGACCCUUCAAGCAGGUGACACCCAAGAGUUUGGGACCAAACUGCACAAACUAUUUUGUGAGAUCACUCAGCACCAAUUUCUUCACCACUGCUCAUGUGAGGUGAAGCAGCAGCUAAUCCUAGAGAAAAAGGACUCAGCUCAGAGCACUGAGGACACACCUGAUAACAGCAGCCUGGAGCUCCUAACAGAUACCAGCGGGCAAGCAGAAAACAAGAGGCUCAAGAGGGGCAGCCCCAGCGUGGAGGAUAUGCGAACUCUGUACUCUGCCAGGGCCCCAAGCCUGUCAGAGGCUGCCCUAGGCGGCAGGGCCCCCACCGCGGCCCCCCUCACUCCUAGCGGAAGGGAGGCCUGUGAGACUCACAGCAGGGCCCUGGCACCGGGCAGGGCGAGCCUUGGGAACCGCCUGGAGGACGCGCUGUGGCUGCAGGAGGUCUCCAACCUGUCAGAAUGGCUGAGUCCCAGCCCUGGGCCUUGAGCCCGGUUUCCCUCUGCGAGUGUCCGCUGGCCGGGCGCAGCCGCUGUCCGUGGUUUAAUAAAACUGCGCCGCGCUUAUACCGUC